AUGUUUAUUUACAUGAGCAAAAAGAUCGCCGUCCCAGACGGGGCGACGCUAAAAGCCCUUGCUUGGAAUAAAACACAUGGGUUCAUCGCCGCCGCGGGAGUCGAUGGAUUCUUAAAAGUCCUCAAGCUUGAAUCUCCAGACGAUACUCCAGAAAACAGGAUAAAGGGUCUAUCUGCCCCUUCGAAUUUGGACAUGAAUGAACAACUUGAUGGACACUCCACGACUGUAAAGAUUGUCAUCUGGAACGAGGUCUACAGAAAACUCACAAGCGCUGACUCCCGCGGUCGAAUAAUCGUUUGGGUCAUGUACGACGGGCGGUGGUACGAGGAAAUGAUUAAUUACAGGCCGAAGACGACAGUUACCUCCAUGCAGUGGUCGCCCGAGGGGGAGAGAAUAGCGAUCGCAUAUGAUGAUGGGCAAGUCAUCGUUGGUUCAGUUGACGGUCAGCGAGUGUGGGGCAAGUCAAUCGGUGAUUCUCCAGUCACACAUGUUAAUUGGUCACCUGAAGGAGACAAACUGCUCCUGGUCCUUGCUGGAACAGAAGUCAUGGUACACGAUGCCAACGGAGACCAACUAUUCAAAAUGAGAAGCAUUCCUCCGGGUCAACGUGUCUUCUCAAUCGCCUGGUAUGCUGACGAAAUCCACUUUUUAGCACCGAGCAAAAACACGCUUGUCAUAACAUUUAUGUCUGGUAAAGCCGUGUUACUUGAAAAUGAGUCAGAUCCGAAGCCAGAGAUGAUCGACACUGGAUUAGAAGAAGUCAAAGAUGUCAAAUUCUCUCCCGACGGUCUUUAUAUCGCCUUUGCUGGCAAUAAGCGAAACUCACCAAAGCUUCCGUAUUGGUGCGAGUUAUUUAACACAGCCGGAGCACACUUACGUUCACUAAAACUUCCCGGACCAGUGGAAUCGAUUUCGUGGGAGAGAUUACGACUAGCUGUCAGUUACAAGGACUCGAUAUAUUUCGCGAAUCUGAGGCCUGAUUAUUUAUGGGGCUAUUGUGCAGAGUCCCACACACUGGUGUACGCAUUCCAAGGUGAUCUUGGUACUCCAAAGAUUAUGUUCUGGAAUACGAAAACCGGCGGUCGUCAUUUGAAGACUAUCGAGUCGCUGAAUCACCUUGGCACCGCUGGAGACCACGUUGUCAUUUGCAAGAGCGCUGUCAACUCACAACUAUCGCUGCUGAACUCGAUCGGGGCUGAGCUUGAUCAAAUCACUGUUCCAUUCUUUGUCAAGUUCCUCGCUGUUGGCAAAAACUUCGCGGUCGCUGCAAGUAUAGACAAAGUGUUUGUUUGGCGGCUGAAAAUUGCGGAAAAGUCAAGCAUCGGCCAGUAUGCUGCCGUCGCUGGACAACAGACGAAAAUGAUCGACGUGGAUCGAGAGGGAAAUGAUGAAGUCACGGCGAUCUGUGCGAGUCAAAGUCAUUUCAUCAUCGCCAGAGAUAGCGGCAAACUCUUACGUUACGGCUUGCCAAGUAUGGAGCUCGAGCAAGAGUUCCAGUUUUCUGGUGGCACUCCUUUAGACAUAAAGCUCAACUCCAACUCCUCAAAAGUAUCAGUAAUUGAUCAUCAAGCGUUGUUGUAUAUUGUUGACCUGGAUGCACGUCAAGAUGAUGGGAGCAAAGGUGAACAGACGAACUUUGAUAGGAAAGAAUGCUGGAAUGUCAUGUGGGCCAGUGACGACUCCAGUCAAUUGGCGCUGAAUGAAAAGACAAAGCUUACGAUAUUCCACGACAAGAAACAUGAAGAACCUAUCGUUACAUCUGCGUUUGUCUCCUUGAUGCGAGAUCACGAAGUUGAAUGUGUACUGGUUGAUGAAAUCAUGCGGCGUCCAGAAGAUCCACGCCCUACGGACAUUUUUGUCCAGGAAUCAGAAACGCUGAGGAAUGUGCGAGAAACCAUCGAAAAAAUAGGAAUCGGCCAAGCGAAAGAAAUGGUUCUCAAAAACUCGAGUCCUCGGCUAUGGCGAAUACUUGGUGAAGCAGCGAUGGAAAAGCUCGAACUCAAGACGGCAGAAGAGGCGUUUAUUCAUUGCAAGGACUAUCUGGCGAUUCAAGUUAUCAAAAAGCUGAAGAAUUAUAGCGACGAUACACUGAAGAGUGCAGAGAUUGCGGCAUUCUUCGGGAGGCAUGAAGACGCUGAGAAUUUAUACAGAUCAAUUGAUAGGUUGGAUCUUGCAACAGAGCAUCAACGUCUAAUUGGAAAUGAACAAAAAGUGUUACAGAUUUUAAAAACAACUCAUGACAGUGCGUUGUCUGACGAUACUCAACUCAGAAAGUCUUGUAAAAAUAUUGGUAUCAAAUCCUUUUACGAUAAAAAUUGGGAUGUUGCUUGUAAAUUUCUCAAUGAUGCUGGUGAAUUUAAAAAGAACAUUAGAGCUCAUUACAUGGCUGGCGAUUGGCAGGGCAUGAUGAGAAUAGAGCAAGCUCUCUUUGAUGGAGCUGAAGAACUUGUCGAGUGUGGUCGUCUCUAUCGCAGCCUAGGCUUAUCAGAGCAAGCAAUCAAUGCGUUCAUUCGAGCUCACAGACCCGACUUGGCAUGUAAGACUGCUGUAGAGCUUAAUGAUUGGGAAAAGGCUGUUAAACUUGCAGAGGCUCAUAAACUUGAUGAUGUUUCUGGUUUGCUUGAGAAGAAAGCCGCGUCGCUGCUGGACGCUAAGCUAGACUGCCAAGCGUCUCAAUUAUACAGCAAAGCGGGCAACUUCAUCAAGGCAGCUCAGCUCCUCUUCAAAGUCGCCGCCAAGGAGGGCUCACUCGCUAAUCUCCAGCCUAUUCGAGUCAAGAAGCUCUACGUUCUCUCCGCACUACUUGUUGAGCAACAUCACGACCAGAGAAAAGCUCAAUCCGGAAGAACUGACACGCUUGGAGUGCUGGAAGGAGUUUUGAGAGAAGAAAAAGAAGAUUUCGCCGUUGUAACGAUGCUUGAUUCAGCUUGGCGAGGGGCUGAAGCGUGGCAUUUCUACACACUUGCUUGUAAACAACUCUACAGUGGAAAUCCUGAUGCAGCAGCGACAACAUCCAUCUGUCUCGCCCAAUAUGAAGAUCUCAUUGACCCGGUAAAAAUCUACUCUCUUCAAGCUACCGCCUCAGCCGCCGCUCGUCGUUUUGGUCUUUGUUCGCGAGCAUUUAGUAAACUUGAAGCAAUGCCAAGCUUAUCUGAAGAUGAGCAAAAUCAGUACGCACAGUUGGCGAUCAGAAUCUUUAAAAAAUACCGCCCGGAGGACACCAAUCCAUAUGACAAGAUGCAAAAAGAGACGAAAAUACCGACGUGUGUCAUGUCUGGAAGACCUCUUACAGACUGCCAGUUCUGGAUGUGCUCGACCUGUCGGCAUUGCGCCUACGAAAAUGAAAUCCAAAGAGCAGAAAUUUGUCCAAUGUGUCACAGCCGAACAGUCUAA